CCAUCGCUAUUUCCCCCCGCUCCGGGGUAAGCCGCGGCGGCGCCGCCCCUCAGCCGCCCACUCCCGACAGGCUCCGGGCAGGAUGGCGGCGGCGGGAACACCGGGUGGCGAUUCCUUCCAGGAGAAGCUCACACGGGUUACUUUAUGGUUAAAGAAAUUAUAUGGGAGUGUGCCUAUUCCGGAAUAUGAGGUGAAUGAAAGGACAGUGGAUAUUUUACAUGAAAUUAUGGAGAGCAAUGAAGAGGCAGACAAGGAUGUUAUGUUGCUGAUAGAGGACAUGAAGGACAGAACAAGCAAAUAUAAAGCAGAAACUCGCUACUGGCGCAAUAUUCUUGGAGAAAGCCUGGGAUGUUUGGAAGGCAAUAUGUCCAAAGAGGCCAACGAUGACCUCACUGACCUGGUACAAAGUGCAGAAGAACUCAACGUGGAGGACACGUCUCUUACCAGCUUCUACAGUGCCAUCAAUGACAUGACCUUGGAACUGUAUAAAACAAAAUCAAAAAACAAAGAAAUGGAACAGAAAUUGAGGACCCUCACGAAAAAGCUAACUUCAGCGCUGAUGGUGGAAAAGCAGUUAGAGAAGGAUAUUGAAGACCUGAAGAAAUCUCAAGGAAUACAACAGGCCAAAGAAGAGACUCAAUUCAAGAACCUGGAGUUCCUGAAAAACAAAUCUAAGGAUCUGAAAAUAAGGAUCUCGGAUGCUCAGGCUGAGCUUGUUGGCAGGGGGUUGGACCAAUCCCUGACACAUGAGGCACUGGUGAAAUCAUCUGAGGAGCUGGCUGCACUGCGUGAAGAAAUAGAGCCAUUGAAGAUGGAACUGGCAUCCUAUCUUGAUUUACCUCUUAGCAUUCCCCUGGCACAGGUGAAGGUUGAAGAAGCAAGAAGAGAACUUAAAGCCUUGGAUGAAGAGCUCACAAAGGAGAUUGAGGAUCUCUGUCUUUCCAGCUGACAUAGCCCAGCAAACGCCAGCUCGCCUGGAGGGGCCUGCCUGCCUGGAACAUGAUUCUCCUUCUGUUGCCUACCUACUUGCACUAGCAAUGCACUUCAGAACUCUUACCUGUACCCUGGCAGCUUCCUGCUGUGUUCUCUCUGUCAGCCUUGUAUUUUUAAGCUUCACCUGUGUUUAAUUAAAUAGCAUCCAAACUUGCUGUUGUCUUUAUGAGUUAUUUUUCCCUCUGUGAUACGCACCUGUAAAGCAGCUCUAUGGAUAGUGCAGGCAGGCAUAGUUUUCUAACAAAACAAGCAAACAAACAAAAACACACAGUAAGACCUUUCUAGGUCUAAAACCAGUAUUUUUGCAGAACCCCUGUGGGACAUGAUGAUUUUGAAGUCAGAUUGCCCUUAACAAUUCUACCUCAAACGUCAUCUUCCAUGAGGGUUCCCUGAGCUCUGUUAUUUCCAUGCCAUCACCACACCAGCCUUCUACACUUUGAGAAGUGUUUUACAUAUGCCAGCUUUUAGAAACUGUUUGAUUCCAAAAGCCAAAAAUCAGAAAAUCUCCUGUGGGUAUGUGUCCUGGGGUGACAUUAUGAUGCUUGUAUCCCCAUUCACCUGUUCUGUGCUUUUAAGACCGGCUCUGAAGAGUGGAAGUUUUGUUUGGGUUUCUCUUAUCAGGGACACAGAGACAAGUGGUACAUAAGGCUGUUUUGUCACUUCUGGCUUACUUGCUGCUUUUGCUUGCUCUCUUUUUCUGCUCUUGUUUUUGCUCUGCUUUCGCCUCUGCUUAUUAGCUAGUUCUAGCUAAACAGUCCACAUUGCUUCCUGGACUGUUUCUCCUCUCCUGUUCCUGUGACCAUCUCGAACCUGCUCCGGACUGGGACCCGGGAACACCAAGGGUUCGGCUGCAGCGGCUGCCCCAGCGCCGGAGGGACUGAGAACAGAGCAACCACCCCCGAAAGAGACUUUCUGAUUUUGCCAUCUUUCUCAGAGCGGUGUCAUCUGAUAUUGUUCAUUUUGUGUGCUGGGCCAGUCAAAUAAACAGGUUCUUUCUA